AUGAUUAGGACGACUAUUCACCAGAAAUACAACCCUAUGCUUCAGACUACCUGUGUUCAACAGAACCACUUGUAUUCUUACCAGUUCACUGAACACUACGGUACACCGAGCUACAAGCUAUGGUGUCUUUGUGUGAAUGAUGCACCCAACCCAGAAGACUUAAUUGAUGGUUGUCAUGACCCUAUUGCGGAGACCACAUAUGUGACAGUCAUAAUACCCUAUCAGCUGGUCUACCAGUUUGUCUGGUAUAACUGUCACACCUUCACCACUACAGCACCCGGAACCCUUGUCAACUCUGCCAGAGAUUGUUUCGCCACUUGCAAUCCAUACUCUUGGGCUGGCGUAGUCUACGAUCAACGAGAUCCUAAUGUGAUCACAUGCAGAUGCUACGCCUAUGAUAAUCAUCCCUGGUAUGGCACACCAGCUACCGCUUGCUUGCCUGGUCUUUGGUUCAUCUACAAUCAUUUCCCUCAACCGAGCGGGGCAGUCAGGAAAAGAUACAACGGUUUUCAGGAGGGGAACAAGAAGACAGAAGUCUGCCCCAAAGGUCUCACGGCUUGUAAGCUGCUCGACAGCGAGGGCCUCGCCUUUGAGUGUAUCGACACUUCACAAGAGCUGGAAUCGUGCGGUGGCUGUAGGUAUGGGAUGUUCAUGAGCAGAGAAAAGGAAGAAGGGCCAUCCGAGGACUGCACGGUAAUCACUGGGGCCGAACUCGGCGCCGUGACAUGUCAGUCGGGUCGAUGUGUAGUCUCAGAGUGCGAAGACGCUUACAGCCUUCAAAACAACAAGUGCCUGGUUAAAUGA